AUGCAUUUCAAGCUCAGAACAGGCAUGCGGCUCCUCAUAGUGAAUCCAAACAGCACACAGGCGAUGACAGACGCGGUUCGUGAUCGCGUGCAGCUCUAUUUGCAACACGCGUACAGGUACGCGGGCGACGACGAUGGCAGCCCAGCAGGCGACAAAGCCACAGUGGGGGACACGCCCACGUGCGUGUACUUCACUGCGCCGGCCGACGCGCCCCCGCAAAUAGACGGCGAAAAGACCAGUCGCGAGUCGUGCGAAAAGUGUUUACCUUUGCUCUGUGCGCGCCAGGCAAACAGGCGCGCGUAUUUCGAUACGUUCGACGGCGUCCUAAUCGCGUGCUUUUCGGACCACCCGCUCGUAGCUGCGCUGCGCGCGCGCUCCGAGCACGGCACGCCGGUGGUUGGCAUUUUCCACGCCGCGAUGCUGGAGUGCGUGGCCGCGGGGGAGGCGUUCUCCGUGAUCACGUCCAACGACGAGUGGGUCGCGCUGCUAGACGCGGCCGUGGCGCGGCUGCUGGGCUGCGGCGCGCCGACGUGGCCGGGUAAGGACGGUGCGGGCGGGGCCGCCGGAGCCGCCGGAGCGGGCCUCGCGUUGUGGCGCGGGACCGUCGCGUCCGGCGUGCCCGUGCUGGACCUCCACGACGAGCGCAACUUCCAGGAGAUCGCGGGGCGGGUGCGUCGCGAAAACGUCGCGCGGCGCGGGUCACGUGUGGUGGUGCUUGGGUGCGCCGGGUUUUCCGGCAUGGAGCGCGCGUUCGCGCGCGCCAUGCCCCCAGAACAGCCCGUGCGGUUCGUGGACAGCGUGGUGGCCGGGCUAGAAAUGCUCGCGGGCCGGUGUCGGCUGCGCGCCGACUACCGCGCCGUCGUGCGUGACUGA